AUGGGAAACUUUCUCAGUGGGGGAGCUAGUGUCUCUUUCAACCCUGAUGAUAACAUUCCUUCCUUAAAAGGCAAGGUGAUUUUCGUUACAGGUGGCACCAGCGGCCUGGGGAAGGAAUCAAUACUGCAAUUGGCGAAGCACAACCCAUCAGCGAUCUGCCUCGGCGCCCGAAACCUCAAUAAGGCACGCGAAACCAUCAAGGAAAUUCAGAAACAAGUCCCCAAUGCGCCUAUACAGCCAGUCGAAAUCGACCUUGCAUCAUUCUCAUCAAUUGCAGCUGGAGCAGAAGCUUUCAAGAAGGACCACUCGCGUCUCGACAUCUUAAUGCUCAACGGCGGCGUUAUGAUGCCCCCAGCCGCCACCACAAAGGAUGGUUAUGAGAUCCAGUUCGGAACCAAUCAUAUGGGUCACGCCCUGCUCACGAAGCUCUUGCUGCCCACCCUUCUUAGCACAGCUGAGAAACCCGACUCCGAUGUCCGGGUCGUCGUUCUUUCGUCGGGUGCACAUAAUGUAGCACCUAGUGAAGGUAUCGUUUGGGACACUCUCAAAACCAAAGGCGAGGGCAUGAGUGCUGGCGCAAAGUACGGACAGAGCAAGCUGGCCAACAUUUUAUUCGCAAAGGAACUCGCCAAACGUUACCCACAGCUUACGGUGUCCUCCAUCCAUCCGGGCAUUGUCAACACCAACUUGACUUCACCGGCCUCGAACAACAGCUUGUUUUGGAAGAUAACGAUGAAGGUGGUCUACUCGUUGAUUGGGCUGGAUGUUGCAAAGGUUGGGAUCGCGGGUAAGGGCAGCAAGCUCACUGAGAAUGUGACUUUGGCAGAAGGCCUUUGGAAAUGGACCGAGGAGGAGAUUAAGAACUAUUGA